CAUUAAUUCGAUUUGGGUAAUAUUGUUAGAAGAAAAUGAAGGAUUUUGCAGGUACACCAGGAACGGUGAGCGGUCUUGUUCUUAGGAUCUGCCAGUGCAUCUUUGCCGUUGCUUCAAUUACUGCCAUGGCUACUUCUGAAACCUUCAUCAGCGUUACAGCUUUCUGCUACUUAAUUGCAUCAAUGGGAUGGCAAGUCAUCUGGAGUUGCACCCUAACCUUUCUCGACGCCUAUGCCUUGGCAAACAACAAAUUGAUCCAUAACCAACUCACCGUCAGCUUCUUCCUCAUUGGAGACUGGGUAACAGCCAUAUUAUCUCUUGCAGCAGCUUCUUCAUCAGCUGGGAUAACAAUAUUGUACUUCAAUGACAUGGGUCAUUGUGUGUUAGAAGACUAUUGCAUAAAGUACCAAAUGUCAGUUGUGUUCGCAUUCUUCGCCUGGAUAACAACUACCAUAUCAGCUCUAAUUAUGCUCUGGUUAUUGGCAGCUGGUUGAUUACCUAUCUUCAAACUGUAAAUGCCCAUAAAUUACACACAUAAAGAGAACCUACAUAGAUAGAGUUGUUAGUACAUGUAAUAAUAUUUGUUUACUUCAUUAUUCAUUUACUUUUAAUGUUUGGUUCAUCAACAUUAUAAUAUUCCCACACUCAACAAUAGAGAAUCAGAAUAUAUAUAUGCCAAAUGUUACAGUCCAGCUCAAAACUCUACUUUUAAUUGAUGG